AUGAUUGCAGGAACCAUAUCAGCCUUUGCAGCUGAGAUUGGACCACUUCUGGAGCUCUACCAAAGCCUGCAGGGAAAGUGUGGAUCAUGGCAGCAAAGUGGGAUAUUAGUUUUUACGGGGAUAAUUGCCUGCUGCACUUUUUUCCACAGAAGCCUCUUAUUUUCACAUCAGAAGAGGGAAAUCCCUGACUUUAAAAACUUUCUCAAGACAGUUAACCCUUCCAAAUACCCGGAAGACUUUUUCUUCAGCAAAUUCUGGCUUCUCACGUUUAACUGCUCCCUUUCUGGGUCACUAUGUGGAAAACUUGAAGACUGUCCUCCAAAUUCUUCCGUAGAGUUUCUGCCAGGUCAUAUUGACAUGCUAACCACGUCCGACUCCAUCUACUUCAUCUAUAAUGCUGUGUAUGCAGUAGCCCAUGCCCUCCCUGAGCUGAUUUUGGUGAAAACAGAAAUGGGAUCUCCGGGACAUACAGAUGAACUUAUGCUUCUUCCCUGGCAGCUUCACCCAUUUCUGAAGAAAAUUCAAUUUAUAAACAAUGCUGGGGACCACAUAACCUUAGAUGAACAAACCGACCAUAUGGCACAGUUUGAUAUGCAGAACACUGUGUAUUUUCCUGCUGGUCUUGAGCUCCUGGUUCAAGUAGAGCAGUUAGUCUCCAAUAGCUCACAUGGUCAAGGCUUGGUCAUCUAUGAAGAGAUGAUAGAAUGGCCUGUUGGAUUCCAAGAGACACCUCAAUCUGUGUGUAGCCAGAGCUGUGGUCCAGGAUUCAGGAAAAUUCCAGAGGAAGGAAAGCCCAUCUGCUGCUUUACUUGUGUUUUUUGCUCAGAAAGAGAAAUUUCCAAUCGGACAGAGGCAGAGCAGUGUAUCCAGUGCCCAGCUCAAGCGUAUCCAAACCAUGAGAGAAAUCGCUGCCUCCCCAAAGUCAUGGCCUUCCUGGUCUUUGAGGUUUCUUUGGUGAUGGCCCUGGCCUGUGUGGCUCUGUGCUUAUCUGUUGUCACAGCUGUGGUUCUGUGGCUCUUUGUGAAGCACUGAGACACCCCCAUAGUCAAGGCCAAUAACGGAGCUCGCUAUGUCCUGCUCAUCUCCCUCCUCCUGUGCUUCCUCUACUCCUUACUCUUCACUGGCCGUCCCAACACUGCCACCUGCAUCCUCCAACAGAUCACAUUUGGGGCUGGGUUCACUGUGGCUGUUUCCACUGUUCUGGCCAAAACUGUGACCAUGAUUCUGGCCUUCAAAGCCAUGGAACCAGGAAGAACAAGGCACCUGCUGGUGUCAGGGGCUUCUAACUAUGUCGUUCCCAUUGGCUCCCUGAUCCAAAUGAUCAUCUGUGGAGUGACUGGGAACUUUCCCCCUUUCAUUAACAUAGACACACAUUCCAAGCCCAGAAACCUCAUCAUGAUGUGCAACAAGGGCUCGGUCACUGCCUUCUACUGUGUCCUGGGACACCUGGGCUCCUUGGCCCUGGGGAGCUUCUCCUUUGCUUUCCUGGCCCGGAACCUGCCUGACACCUUCAAUGAAGCCAAGUUCCUGACAUUCAGCAUGCUGGUGUUCUGCAGUGUCUGGGUCGCCUUCCUCCCCGUCUACCACAGCACCAAGGACAAGGUCAUGGUGGCCGUGGAGAUAUUCUCCAUCUUGGCUUCAAGCACUGGAUUACGAGGCUGCAUCUUUGCCCCAAAGUGCUCCAUUAUUCUGAUAAGACCUCAUAAGAACUCUUUGAAAGGUCUGAGGAAAGGAAUAGGCUCCAGGAGAAAUGGGCAUUCAGGUUUUAUCUCAUAG